AUGGGAAAAGAGAGUAUAAUACUCAUACUAGAUAGUUAUGAUGAGAUGAAAUAGGAUUGUAUCUAAUAAAAUUUAUUAAUGACAAAUAAAUUAUUCUAAGAUUUGAAUAUCAAUAAAGUAAAUAGUUAAAUGAAAGUAAUAAUUACAACAAGAAAAGAAAUAUUGAAUACAACAGGAUACUAAACUUGGUUUUAUGGAGAGAGCAUUUCAACUUUGAAAGAAGUUUAGAUAUAAAAUUUUAAUGAGGAAUAAUAAAAUGAAUAUUUAAACUAAUAUGUUAUACUAAGCAUUAAAAGGAAAAUAAAAGAAAUUUACGAGAUUGAAAAAUCUAUUUCUGGAUAAAAUUUUGAUUUGGAAGAAUUUUAAAAUUUAUGGAGUUUGAUUUCUUAAUAAAUUACAGAUUGCAGGAAGAAAUCUGAGAUGAGCUUAUAGGAUAGUAUUUUUCAUUCUAAAGAAGUAGAAGCCAUUAUUAAAAAAAUAAAAACACAUAAAUCUUUAGAAAUAGUAAAAGAAGAAUAAAGUACUACAUUACAAAAAGAUUUGUUAGCUUUAUGGAAUGCAAAUAAAUUUAAAAAAUCAAUCCAAAGCAUUAAGAUUUAAUAAUUAUUAACUACUCCAUUUAUGUUAGAGAUUAUUUUAUAGGUAUUACCAAACAUGGCUAAAAUGUACAAAGGGUCUUCAAUAAUAAAAGAUAAUUUGAUAAUGAAUUAUAUGAAAUUAUAAAAAUAAUCUCAUUUAUCUCAAGGUACUAAAGAACUUUAUAGAAAAAAAUAUAAAUCAUUGACUCAAAAUAAUACCUAAAACAUAUAAACAUUUUAAGAUGAAAAAAUGCUAAAGGAAGAAAAUGAUAAAGAAUUUAGUAACAAUCAAAAAUUAAAAAUAAAUGAAAUAAUUGAUAAAUUAGAAAGUUAGAACUUUUUCUAAAAUUAUUCAAUUGUUAGCAUAUUAAAUUACAGUGAUGAUUAUAUUUCUUUUGAUGGUCAUAAAGUAUAAUUAAAUCAUGAUGAUAUCAAUUUAGUAAUAAUGUCUUUGAAAAUGAAAAAGUUUACAGUUUUUGAGUUCUAUGACAGCUUUAUUAACUUUUAUCAUGAAUAAUAAAUUCAGAAAUUAAGAAAUUUUGGUAAAAUAUAGGAUUAUUAAAAUUUAAAAUACGAUAUUUUUUAAUUCUCUUAUUCUUUAGCCAUAGAUAUGACAAUAAGAGAAUUAUCACAAUUGAUCUAUAAACCAUAGGGAAAACUUUAGUUAAAAAGUAAUUAUAAAAUUGAAUAAGUAAGUGAUGAUUGGUUGAAAUAAUACUUUGAUGGAGAAGAUGAAUACAAAAAGUUAAUAAGAAGUUGUAUCUUAUUAAGUGCUAAAGAAAGUUCAUAUUCAUUUACACAUAAAUCAAUUUAAGAAUUUUAUGUAGCUAAAUAUGUUUUUGAUCUUUUAGUAGCUUUGAAUAAUUUUAAUACUGAUGAUAAAGAAGAAGGCAAUGAAAAUCUUUAGAAAAGUAAGCAAAUAUUGUUAAAAUCAGUAUUUAACGAUCAAAAAUUUAAUAUUUCUACAGAAAACUUCAAGAAUGUAAUUAAAUUUAUAAAAGAAAUGUUAAUUAAUGAUGAUAAUAUUAUUUUAAAGUUAAUAGAAAUAAUUAAGCUUUCAAGAACUUAAAUUUAUUGCAGAUCAGCAUCAAAUAGUAUAUAUUUAUUGAAAUAGAUGAAUGUAUAUUUGGGAUCUCAAGAUUUUAAUAAAUUAAAUUGGCCAAUACAAAUGUUUCAGGUUUAAGUUUUUUUAAUUGUAAUUUAAGUCAUUCAAAAUUUUAAAAUGUGGAAAUUAAUUCAUGUAAUCUCAAUUUUGCUAAUUUAUAAUCUGUAGAAUGGUUAAAUGUUAUUUUUAAUGAAGAAACUUUUUUAAAAGGACACAAAAAAAGAGUUACUGAGAGACUCUGGAUUAUGA